GUUUAUUUUGUGUAGCCAGAGGCAUAGGUAUGGACACAAGGAUUUUGCACACCUUUCCUUUUAACAAUGACAUUGCCUCAGAUAGCCCAUAGGGAGGCUAUAAUAGUAAUUUCUUGGACAGUAAAAUAAACAUUUAUUAUAGCUGUGUGUAUCACAAGGGAUAAAUAUGGAAAAAAAGAGAUAGUGUUUGUUUAAAAGAAAUUUCUUGGAUGGUGAAUCUACCAUAUAUAUGCAGAAUAGAACUCUUGCUAUGCAGACUGAAACUUGAAUGAAUGGCACAGUUCAGCAGUAAAUGGAAACUUGAAUGAAUGGCACAGUUCAGCAGUAAAUGGAAGUUUGACUACACCUACACUCCGUCUCUCCCAUUGACCGUGGUAAACGAGGAGUGUAGGAGAAACGAUGAGCGGGGCAGAACACCAUGCAACUGUUGACAGAGGAUUAAAAAUGAAAAUAAAGCGCAAAAAUGUAAAUGCUAGCAAGAGUGAUGGUAAACACGAAAUUGUCAAAGGAGGAGAAAAAAUGUCGUCAAAUGAAUCUAAUAGUAAUAGUGCAAACGGAACUCAAAUGGACAAAGUGAAACAGAAUACUUCAGGUGACAAGUCACCCAAGGUCAAAGGGAUGCAUAAAAAAGAAAAGAUAAAAGAAAGAGUCAACAAAGGAUCGGAUGUGUCUUCAGUGAGUACUACUCUUGAUGCAGCAUUUUCUCAAGUCUCGCUGGAUUCUAAACCUGCAGAUUCCAGCAAAACAGAUGACCCAUAUGAUUUUGAUGCCAAAGAAGAUGAAGGCAUUGGCUUUCCAUUAAAAAAAGUCAAAGUCGAAAAGAAUGACUCAUCUACCUCAAUCUCACAGAACCAUGUGGGGACAGAUGCUUGUAGCAUAGGUGUGGCCACAGACCCUGACUGUCUUGGACCAUGUGAACCAGGGACUAAUGUCCUAUUGGAAGGCAUUGUAUGGCAGGAGACUGAAAAUGGAGUAUUGGUAGUGAAUGUAACUUGGAGAGACAAGACAUAUGUUGGCACUCUAUUGGAUGCUACUAAACAUGAAUGGGCCCCACCAAGGUUUAAUUGUGAUUCACCUGUUAGUGAUAUGGAUGCUAGAACACCAAAAGGAAGAGCUAAAAGAGGACGAGGUUCAAACAGUACACCGGUUAUUGAGAAAGGCUUGGAAGGAAGAACUUUACGUAAAGGUCGAAAGGGCAGUAAUACCUUCACUGCCCCUCCUAGUCCAGCUAAAUCUGAUAUAUCUGUAGCAUCGGUUGGUUUAAAACGUAAAGGAAGACCUGUUGAAAUGGAAAAUGCUGUGAACGAUAAUGCCAAAGUUAAACGUAGCCGUUCAUGUUCUCGUGGAACUCCGGGAGAUGGUAGUGAAAGUCCUGUGCCAAAUUUUAUUGAAUGUCCAGAGCCAAAUUGUAAGAAAAAGUACCGACACAUGAAUGGAUUACGAUAUCACCAAUCUCACGCCCAUAGUGCUGUUGGUUUAGAGGGCGAUGAGGAAUCACGUGAUAUGGAUAAUACAGAAGAUUCUAUGCUGGAAGAUUUAGAUAGCAAUAUGGGUGAGAGCGGUGAGAAUAGUUCAAACAAUCUGAAGAUUGAUAUGGAUAGUAUUGAGGAUAUGGACAAUAAAAAAGGGGACAGUAAUGAUUCUGACAAAAUUGACAUUGUUAAUGUUGUGAAACCUACAGUAAAACCUACUGCAGAAGUUACCAAAAUGGAUAUGGAUGAAUCUUUAAAGAAAGAUAAUUCAAUUUCAACUAACUCUCCUAGUUGUACUGUGACAAAGCCUACAAUAGGGGCCGGGCAUUCUUUCCAUGCCGUUAUUUCUAGUUCUAAAGUUUGUUCAGAAACAACUCUGUCUUCUGCUUCAACAACUGUGCAACAGACACCUACUACUAUUAAUCCCCCUGUUGUGAAUGUAACACCUGUUUCUUCUAGUCCAAUGCAAUCAGCUAGACCUAUUACAUUCGCUGCUAUUACUACAAACUCACAAUCAAAUGAACUUUCAUCAGGGAAGACUGAAAAAUUGAUAAAACCGAAAGUGAUGGGUAGGCCAAUUGCCCCUUCAAAUAUGAUUGCCUUAACAACUAAUGUUACAGUGACACAUACAAAUUUAGCUCCCGUUACUACACAUACACAUGUAUCAAGUACAACACAGUUUCAACCCAUUCAGCCAAAACCAACAGUUUUAGGUGAUUCUGCUGCUGUUAAUCAGCAUCUGAUUGGGCUAAAGGAGUUAAAAGAAAAGAAAAUGAAACAUAAAAAGAAAUUAAAAGAUAAGGAUGCAAACGGAGCGUUACAAAAUGUAAACAUUGCAGCGGCAAAACUAAUGAAGCCUGACAAUAAGAAAAGUGAAACAAGUAGUGUUAUAAAGGUGGCACCGAUAAUGGCAAAACCUCUGGAAUCUAUUAAAAAGGAGGUCAUGCCAAUAAGUAAGCCAAUGGAUUUUGAAAAAGAAAAAUCUGGACCAUUAAUAGAUAAAAGUUCUUAUCCACCAAAUGUUGGUGUUAUUACGGGACAAGUGCAGCCGCAACCAAAAGUAGUUGAUCUCAGUCAUACUCCAAGAACUGAAGCAAGUGUUCUAAAAGUAACACCAACGUUACAAGUUAUAACAAAUGAAAGCAAUAAAUCAAACAUUAAUGAUGAUGUGCAGAGCCCAGCUUAUUCUGACAUUUCUGAUGCAAAUGAGGCUGGGUCACCGGCACAAAGUGCUAGUCCACAAAUUACUGAUGAGAAAAUCGUCAAACCCAAAGAUUCACAAGGUGCUACACCAGGUGUGAGCCUGGAUAAUCAACCUUUAAAUCAAUACGGAAUGUACGGGAAUUAUUACAAUCCAUCACCUUACCUCUUGUCACCUGCAGCUCAAGGAUCACCUGGAACAAACAUUCAAAAGAUACAGACAAAUCCAAGUGUUAAAGAUAGAAGCACUCCAUCAGAACAUUUAAAAGUUGUUGGAAGUGCUGAAAAUAAAUCAAAAAUAGACGAAUCAAAAACUGAAAAAACAGGUGACAAUAUUGGUGAUAAAGUAGAUCGUCCUCCUCAGCAGUUAUCACAACAUGAACUUCAACAGUUACAACAUCAGCAAUGGGUUAAACAGCAAAUGUAUGCAUUACAGAGUUUACCUCCUCAGCAGCAGUAUCAGUAUAUGGCAGCGUAUGGACCUUAUUUAGAUCCCAAUUAUCAUAUGCAUAUGAUGGCUAAUGACCCAUUAUAUCGGCAGCAUUUUGAGAAAAUGAUUGAUGAACAACAGAAAAGAAUGCAUCAAGAGGGUGUCCCAAUAGAUCUUGAAUCUCCUCGCUCGCUUAGUCGAUCAUCAGCUACUGACAUAUCUCUCGCUAGUGGAUCAUGGCCAUGUGUUGAUUCAAUGAAAAAUAAACCACACAAUCUUUCAAGUGAAUAUUCAGGUGGAUAUCCUCAUACAGAUACUAAACGUACGAAUGAAUCUGAAAAAGAUCAAAAGGCAGUACGUGAACGACAACAAAAUGACAAUCGGCAGCAAAGUUCUAAAGAACUUGAUGUUAAACCAAAUAUUGAUAAAAUUCGCUUUGAGCAGCAAAAUCUUGAUGGAAUGAAAGGGCAGAAGGAUGGAAAAAUGAGUGAAGAGCAAGCUCGGAGGAUGCAAAUGUACAAAGAACAAAAGUAUAUAGAACAUCAAAAAAGGGUUGAGCAAAAGAAAGGUAGUGACAAUCGUUUUGAACAUCGUCCAGUGGAUUUAGUAGGCAAUAAGUCAGUUUCUAGUAAUAAUAGUCCCUUCUCUGCAGAAAAAUCAAAAGACUUUCCACAAGGUCUAGUGCCAAAUGUAACUAUUAAACAAGAACCAUUCAGUAAACUAAAAGAUCGGAGCGAUUCAGCUCCAGAUUUAAGUAUGACUUCUAAAAGUGCUAGCGAGGAAAGGACUCGAACUCCUUCAUCGGAGAAGGUUAAAAGUAUUGAUGAAAGAUCAAUUGAUAAAAGUGAUAAAUUCAAGAAUUAUGAAGGACCGUUUGAUAAACUAAAAAAUUCAGAGACACCUUCAGAUAAAAAUCGGAGUAGUAGUGUAGACACUCCAAAAUCCAAAAUAGGCCAAUAUUCAAAACCAUCCAGCCCUCAUACAUCACUAUCACAGUCUCCUUCCGGAUCUCAUUAUUCUCCCUACCUCUAUCACAGCCAGUUUGUUCAGUCCCCACCAACCUCAUACGGACAUAUCCCAUUCGAUCCAUAUCGUAACAUGGUUUAUCCUACAAAUUAUAUUCAUCCUUCACAAAUUAAUUAUCCAGGUGCUGGAUCUGACAAUGAAAAACAAAAGGUCGUCCCGAUAUCUAAAGCAGGACCUAUUGAAAUGGAUUUAAAGAAGUCUGAUCCAACAACACAAGCAAACACUAGUGCCAGUCAUAAAAUUCAUGAACUGCAAGAAAAAGGGAAAGCCGUAUCUCGUUCAGCGUCACCUGUGACAACUAACAUGACUAAGAGUGACAAACCAAUUUCAUUACCAUUAUCUGUUGGUGAUAAAAUGAGAGAAACAAGUUCCCCACCAACACAGAGACAUGUUCACACACAUCAUCAUACCCAUGUACUAGAGGCAGCAUAUCCUGUAUAUCAUUAUCCAUCAAUUUAUCCAGCACCACCUUCACAGACACAAGUUCCACCAGGAAACUCUAUCCAACAUCCCCAAUAUCCACCAUAACCUUGUGUUGUCUCCCUUGUCAUGCCAUGUGACUUCUUGUUAGGUUGUGUGUCUAUGCAAAAUUAUUUUCAGCUAGUAUAAGCAAUAAGACAAAAUGAUAUGAAUAAUAAAAAAAGAAAUAUAUCUAUAUGAUAUUUCAGACAAGAAAAAGUUAAAAUAUUUUCUGAAUUGAAUAUUUGGUUACUAUGAACUAUUUGAUUUUGAAAUGAUAUCAGUUUUACAAGAAAUUAAGAAAAAAAUUGAAUUCAGUAUCACUUUUUCCUUUUGAUUUGGAAUAGAAUAAUUAGGGCUUGUCGCAUAAUUACCGAUUUUCAAGAAUCAGGUUGAAUGCUGUGAAUGAAUUUUAUGCACUGUUAAGAUAGCUUUCAAAAACUUUUUGCUAUAUUUUUUUUUCAUUUUCAGUAAAUAAACAUUUUAAUAAUAAGGAAUUAUUUUGUAUUAAAAAAAAAAAAAUUAUUUGUUAAAGGUUUGUUUUUGAUUUGAUAAGAAUAUAUGAGUUUCUGUGUAUUGUACAAUAAUGUUUAUAUUGUGAUACUUAAAUCAAAUCAAAGUAUGUGUUCAUACUGUAAAUUUUGUAAAUUUUCAUUGAAAAUUUUAUGCGUUUUGUAAAUGCAAAUACUGUUAUAAGCAUGUAUUUUUCUUAAUGAUGGUUUAAUAAAGUAUAGAUAAGAACCUAUAGAUUACUUCUUGAAAGUAAAGCUAUAGAAUUGAAAAGAUUAAAGUAUUAUAAAGUAUUAUUCUUCUAUUUAGUCAUUAGUUUGCUUUUAUUUUCCCGUAAUUCUUUCUCAAUAAGUUUCAUUAUACUGAAUUGUUUUAGGUUAUAUCAGAUUUUGUAUUAUUUAUUUUAUUUCAUUUUUUAAAGGAAAAUUAUAAGGACAAUUUCACAAUAAUCAAACAAUUUGUAUUCUGUUGGCUUUUCCAUCCUGUCUUUGUGUUCAGUUUUCAGUAACUAUCAAAUUUGAUAUAAAAUCUUUGAGGCAUUGAAUUGCAGAUCUUUUUUGUAGAUUUAAAAAAAAUGCAAUGAAAGUUUUGAAUAAUUUACAAUAGUGCUAGAUUUUUUUUUUACUCUUUAUCAUUGAAUGUUUUAACUCAGUGCUUGGAUAUGGACAUAUUAUGGUUGUUAAUAUGAAAUAUGAUAUAAAUGGCAAUAUGAGAUUUGAUUCUAUUGAGAAAAUGCUGACUAGAAUAAUAUUAAAUAAUUGGAUGAAAUAUUAUGAGCUCUAUGUUUGGGACCAAAUACAGUAGAAUAAAAUAUUAUAAUAUGCAAGUUUGUCAAAUAUUUUGUAGGAUAUGAAUUAUUUUACAAUCAAAAUUUUUUACGACUUUAUCAUAGAUGUAGACAGCUAUGCAAAAUAUUCAAGGUCAUUACAUUUUUUUGUACAUGAUAACUUGAUUCUAUAUAAUAAAAGCAGGCAUUCUUUCCUACAAAAAAAAAUUGUCUCUUGUUUUGAUGAUGUUGGCAAAAUACAAAAAUAAAUGCAAUAUCAUAUUAUAUACAUAUAUCAAUAAUUAUUAGAACAGUUUAUUUCAAUUUCAAUUGAAUUCAGUUACAAAACUAAUUUAUGACAUGAAAAAUACUUCAAAGGAAGUUUAUUAAUGAUAAAUAACUUCAAACAUUUACAUUCCAUGUACUAAAUGAUCUUACCAAACCAGUAAACUCGACAGUUUUUCAGAUUUUGUACAAGUUUCAUUAAAUUUGUUCCCUAAGCAAGAAAAGAUUAAAAAAAAAGCUUUGUUUAUGCAAAAAAUGACAUGAAAUGCAUUAUUAGGUUGGUAAAUUUUUAUAGUAAAAUAUUGUUUUGCAUAGGCUUAUAGUUCUGUUUUGUGCAAUGAUCAAUUGCUAUGAAUGAAUGUACUUGUAUGUAAAUGAGGAUGAAAGAUUCUAUAUUAAGCAUGACAAAAGUUUGAUUUUAUAUAUAGUUGAAUACAAUUAGUAUUUGUUUAAGCCUAAAUGGGCUUAUUUUAUACAAAAUAAACAAGAAAUCUUAA